UGGUGAGGGAGAGGAUGAUCGGGCAGCUGGUUAAUAUGUGCGUGGCCCGGGAAAUUGUCCCUCCCGCAGGGAAAUUUCCCAAUCGAUGCUGAGCGGCUGCGACAUGCCACCCAGGCGCAGUUAUCUAGUGGGUUGUUCUCCUCGUCCAGGUUCUACUAAUUUCAAGCUUGCGAGCCUGUGAAGUGAAGACGAACCAUAUUCUCCCGGAGAAAUACCUCGGAACAAAACAUACACACGCACACACACACAAGAAUGACGACCUUUACGAAGCUCAGUGACGCUGAGACCCCCGUGGUGUCGAUCGACCCGGCGAGACGCCUCUCUAAAAUAAAUCCGAAUAUCUAUUCGGGGUUUACUGAGCACAUGGGACGGUGUAUCUACGGAGGCAUCUACGACCCCGGAAACCCUCUAUCUGAUGAGAAUGGCUUUCGAAAGGACGUGCUCGAGGCUUUGAAGGAUCUCAAUAUCCCUGUCGUUCGCUAUCCUGGUGGUAACUUUUGCGCGACGUAUCACUGGCAGGAUGGCAUCGGCCCCAAGGAGCAACGGCCGGCCAGGCCGGAACUGGCUUGGUUGGGGAGGGAAACCAAUCAUUUUGGUACUGAUGAGUUCAUGAAGUGGUGCGAGGUUCUUGGAACCGAGCCUUACCUAUGUUUGAACAUGGGAACAGGAACAUUGGACGAAGCACUGGCUUGGCUUGAAUACUGUAAUGGAACUCGGGAUACUUAUUAUGCGAAUUUGCGCAGGAAGAACGGCCGUGAGGAGCCAUAUAAUGUGAAAUACUGGGCUCUCGGUAAUGAGGUUUGGGGACCAUGGCAAGUUGAGCAGACGACCAAGGAGCAAUAUGCGUACAAGGCCUAUCAGUGGGCAAAAGCUCUAAAGCUUCUUGACCCAUCCAUUGUUCUCAUUCUCUGCGGAGAGACUGGAGUCACCUCGUGGGAUUACUAUACCUUGAAGAACUGUAUCCUGCCCCUGAACUCGCCUCUGUCCACCAGUGCUGUGCCCCUCAUCGAUAUGCACAGCAUCCACCUGUACACGUCCUCGGACAAGCAUCUCCCCAACGUCACUGCUCCUCUGGCCGCCGAGCGGGCCAUCGAGCUCGCUUCAUCGCUGAUUGACCUUGCCAUCGUCGAGAAUAAAGUGCCUCCGACGCAACCCCGACCGACCAUCUGCUUCGACGAAUGGAACGUCUGGGACCCGAUGCGUGCCGUCGGCAGCGAGGGUGCAGAGGAAAGCUACACACUUUCGGAUGCGCUGGCGGUCGCCGUAUGGCUCAACGUCUUCAUCCGCAAGAGCAAAGAUGUCGGGAUGGCCUGUAUCGCACAGAGCGUCAAUGUCAUCUCCCCGCUGAUGACUAGUAAAGACGGGGUCACCAAGCAGACUACCUGGUGGCCGCUGCUGCUCUUCUCCAAGUACAUGCGAGGCGAGACCGUUGCCGCCCACGUUUCGUGCGGCACCUAUGACGGCGAGACGCAGCCCGAGUGGGUGCGCGCGGUCAAGGAGACUCCCUGGUUGGACGUUAGCGCUGCGCGCGGAGAUGACGGCUACGUCAACGCGGCGAUUGUGAACAUCAGCGACGAGAAGGAUCUAGAGAGCAGGGUCAACGGCGUGACGGGCGAGGUGGUCGUGUUCACCGUCACUGCGAGCAGCCUUGCGGCCUGCAAUAUGAACGGCAAGCAGGAGGUUGGGAUUGCGGAGAGCAGAUGGGAUGGUAAAGGCAAUUACGUCUUUCCCAAGCACUCCAUGACUCUUUUAAGAUGGAAGGCCGAGUGAAGAGUAGAGACAGCUAGCCAGCCAGCUUACCAGGAUUGUGGAAGUGGUUGCAAAUAGAUUAUAGAUUAUAAUAAACGAUAUAUUCCAACCCUGAACACUCCACUCAUUCAGUCAUUUAUGAUACAUGCUGUCCCGAUCAGGCAUUGACAACUAAUAGGUAUUUCGUAUCUUUAAUUCAACCAUAGUUGACAUCGCGGACCGUGUCAUCUUCACCAAGGUGGAUAUUCAGUCUCUCUGGCUUGUGAUCCCUCGUCGCCAUGUCUCCAGGCCGCAGAAUCCGAUGGGACUCGGGGAGAUCCCUCUUCGCAAAGGA